CCGGCUUUCCGCUGGACUUCUCAGCGAUGCAUCACGGCAUGUCGUCCGAGAAGUUCGAAUACCUCGAAGAGGACCUCAGGGCCCUCCUCGACGACAUCAAGCGCAAGUUGGACGGGACCCGCAAUCGCCUUCAAAGCGGCGAAAGCAAGAGAACCCAUCUACGCGAAGUACAGCGUAAACUGGACCAGGCCAACGACGUCCUCCAAGAACUCCAGGACGAAGCCCACUCGGCGCCCAACCCGUACCGUAUCCAGAUGAACGCCAAGACCCGCAAGUACCGGGCUGAACUCGACGACGUCAACAAGGCGGUUGUCACACUGGCGACUAGCAUCAACGCCAGCGGCACGAGGCAGGAACUCCUGAGCCCUUCAACCGUCAUCGGUGACUUUGGGAACGAUCCUCAGCGCAGUCGGCUGCUUCAGAUGAACGAAACCUUGGGCAGGACCACCGAUGCCCUCGUCCGAACGUUUCAAGUCGCUGCCGAGACCGAUCAAGUCGGGGUUGCCGUAGCCGAAGAGCUGCGCAUGCAGCGCGAGUCUCUGGUCCGGACCAAAGAGCGGCUCGAAGAGACCGAUCAGAAAUUGACGACGAGUCGCAAGAUACAGCGCACCAUGUACAGGCGCGUGAUCACCAACAAACUCAUUUUGAUCUUGAUCAUCAUCAUGGAAAUUAUCAUCUUCAGUGGCAUCGUGUACUGGAAGUUCUUUAUGAAAAAGUGAUUUGGCGAUGGUGAAUCUGAAAGUCGUGUGUUGUUGCUUUGUUGUGUAGUGUUGUUUUGCCCAAUAAUUGUCAACGUUGAGAACCCGACGCUGCGCAGAUUUUCCUAGUGUGAUUUUGCGUCGCGGACGACGGGCAAUGAAAGCAUGUGCCCAUAUUUAGGGAUCAAUAAUAUAUUCGA